UCUGUGUGCCAGUCACUCACUGCAUCGGGUCCAUCUGCACCGCUCGCCUCCCCGGCCGCCUCCCCUCCCCGCCUCGCCGCCCGCUCCCGCCGCCGCCCCGGCCAUGGAGCGGCUCUGAUACAAUAGCGCCGGGGGGCAGCUGGGGCCGCAGCCCGGCUUUGUGCCACUUGUCGGGCGAGGAUUAUAUUCUCUCUCUCCCUGGCAUGGAGGACGCCGGCGUCCAGAGGGGAAUAUGGGACGCGGACGCCAAGACGGUCCAGCAGUGCUUGACUGACAUUUUCACCAGUGUUUACACCACCUGCGACAUCCCAGAAAAUGCAAUUUUCGGCCCCUGCGUCCUGAGCCACACAUCGCUGUACGACAGCAUUGCCUUCAUCGCCCUCAAGUCCACCGACAAGCGCACCGUCCCCUACAUCUUCCGGGUGGACACGUCGGCGGCAAACGGCUCGUCGGAGGGGCUGAUGUGGCUGAGGCUGGUGCAGUCGGCGCGGGAGCGGGAGGAGCAGAACCUGGAGGCCUACAUCAAGAGCGGGCAGCUCUUCUACCGCUCCCUGCGCCGCAUCGCCAAGGACGAGGAGCUGCUGGUGUGGUACGGCAAAGAGCUCACCGAGCUGCUGCUGCUCAGCCCUGCACGGGCCCCUGCCCGCAGCAACGGCUCGCCGCCUUUCGCCUGCCCCGAGUGCAGCCAGCGCUUCCAGUUCGAGCUGCCCUUCGCCGCCCACCUCCGGUUCCGCUGCCCCAAGAGGCUGCACGGCCCCGAUACUACCAGCCCCGCCGCCGAGGGUCCCGGCAGCAAGGACGGCGCCGGCAAGGAGCCGGAGGCCGGCAAGUACUGCAAGCCCGGCGGGCCGCUCCACCACCCCUUCCCCGGGGCCGACGGCGGCGGGGCCGCCGCCAGCACCAAGCCCUCCACGGACUUCCACAACCUGGCGCGGGAGCUGGAGAACUCCCGCAGCGGCCACGGCGGGUCCCCGGGGCGGCCGGGCCCCCCCGAGGGCGGCCCCGAGACGGCGGCCGGGAAAGGCAAGCGACGGUACCCCGAGGAGGAGGAACGGGGCUCCGGGGCGGCGGCACGGGGCCGCUUCCCGGCGGAGCGGCCGGGGCUGCCGUCGGCGCCCAAGGAGGAGCCAGUGUGCGCCCCGCAGCAGCAGUACCGCGCCGCCGGCUCCUACUGCGGGUUGGAGGAGGGCGGCCGCCUCUUCGCGCCGCCCAGCCCGGAGACGGGGGAGGCCAAGCGCAGCGCCUUCGUGGAGGUGAAGAAGGCGGCCCGCGGCCCCGAGCCCGACGGCGGCGGCGCCGAGGAGAGCCAGGAGCGCGCUUCCCCCGCUGCACCGGGUGCGGGCGGCAACGAUCCGGGGCUCUGUCCCCGCGGCGGCCCCGGGGGCCCGCUGUCCGCCCGCCUGGAGGGGGGCAGCCCGGCGCGGGGCAGCGCCUUCACCACCGUCCCACAGCUCGGGGGGGGCGGCCCCGGCGGUGGGGCGGAGGAGCGGAAGAGCGCCUUCUCACAGCCCGCCCGCUCCUUCCCGCACGUCCCGCCGCUGGUGCUGGGCCAGAAGCUGGGCGGCCUGGGUGAGCCCUGCCCCGACGGCGCCGCCGCUCCCGCCCGCCUCUAUGCUGCUGAGGCGCUGGCCGUCAAGCUGCCGGGCGGCGGGGAGGCGGCGGGUGGCGGCGGCGGCGGCGGCGGGGGGGGCGGCGGUGGAGGGCUGCCCAAACAGAGCCCCUUCCUCUACACCACCGCCUUCUGGCCCAAAAGCUCGGCGGCGGCGGCGGUGGCGGCGGCGGCGGCGGGGCCGCUGCAGCUGCAGCUGCCGUCGGCGCUGACGCUGCUGCCGCCGUCGUUCACGUCGCUGUGUCUGCCGGCCCAGAACUGGUGCGCCAAGUGCAACGCGUCCUUCCGCAUGACCUCGGACCUGGUGUACCACAUGCGCUCCCACCACAAGAAGGAGUACGCUCUGGAGCCCCUAGUCAAGCGGCGCCGCGAGGAGAAGCUCAAGUGCCCCAUCUGCAACGAGUCCUUCCGCGAGCGGCACCACCUAUCCCGCCACAUGACCUCCCAUAACUAGCGGGGACACAAACACACACCCCAACAACACUCAACACCCCGCACACCCGGGGACCCCCCGCCCGGUCCCCGCGGAGGGCAGUGGUCGCCUGGCGCUUUCUUCCCUUUCCUUUCGAUGCACGCAUUUUCACUUUGUGGGGAGGGAUAGGGAGGGCAGCAGGGAAGAAGAGGAGAACAAGAAGAAGAAGGAAAAAAGGAGAAAAAAGAAGGAAAAAAAAAGGAAAAAGAAAGGGAAAAAAGAAUUUAAAAAGAAGAAUGGAAAAGAAGGGAAAAAAUAGAAGAAAAGAAGACAAGAAAAAAGAAUUAAAAAAAGACUGGAAAAGAAAAAAAAUAGAAAAAAUAAAAAAAGGGAAAGGCAAAAAAAAGGAAAAAACGACGAAAAAAGAAAAAAAAGAAAAGAAAAAUGAAAGAAAAAAGGGGGUGGGGAAGCAAGGAAAAAAUAAGGAAAAAAGGAAAAAAGACUUUAAAAAUACAUUUUUAAAAAUGUCAUAUAUUGCAACAUAUUGAUGCAUUUGUCAUACGUUUCUACUUAAAUUAUUAAGCACUUAUGGUUUAGAUGUAAUAAUAAUUCUAUGUCAGGGUAAAUUUUUAUUUUCGAUAUUCCUACAGAGUGUCACUUGGUGCCCGUGAAAUGAAGUCUCAGUAGUUCCGUGUUACCUUCCCUUUAAUGUUCGGAGUUGUGGGGUUUUUUUGGUUUUGUUUGUGUGUUUUUUGGUUUUGGCCUUUUUUUUUUUUUUUUGGUGUUGUUUUGGUUUGGUUUUUUUUUUCCCUCCCCCGCCCCCCCGAAAAGAUUUAUUAAACUUUAUAGUUUAUCUGGGUAUGUUGGAUGCUUUGGCAAUAAAUAACUUUAUUUUCUUCAAA